AUUCGGAGGCAGGGCUGGCUUCUCCCUCGCUCGCUGCUCCCCCGUCCCUUUUCGGUGCGUGUGUGCAAAGAUUAGGUUGCGAUCUGGCAGUGGGAGCUGCCUUCUCCACACUCUCUCCCGCUUUGCUCCACGGUAGCUGUGCUUCAGCAGGGAGCUUUCGAGACCAGCCGCGCUACGGGGAAGGGAAAGCCUCAGGAAGCAAAACCAAAGCGCACACAAGCGAGCCUCGCCAGGAUGGAUCAUUAUGACUCUCAACAAACCAAUGACUAUAUGCAGCCCGAGGACGACUGGGACAGGGAUCUACUUUUGGAUCCAGCUUGGGAAAAGCAGCAGAGAAAGACGUUUACAGCCUGGUGUAACUCUCACCUCCGCAAGGCUGGCACACAGAUUGAGAACAUAGAAGAAGAUUUCAGGGAUGGCCUUAAACUUAUGUUACUCCUGGAAGUCAUAUCAGGUGAACGUUUGGCUAAACCAGAAAGAGGCAAAAUGCGAGUGCAUAAAAUUUCAAAUGUGAACAAAGCCCUGGAUUUCAUUGCUAGCAAAGGAGUCAAGCUCGUAUCCAUUGGAGCAGAAGAAAUUGUUGAUGGGAAUGCGAAGAUGACCCUUGGAAUGAUCUGGACCAUCAUUCUUCGUUUUGCCAUUCAGGAUAUCUCCGUGGAAGAGACGUCUGCUAAAGAAGGACUUUUGUUGUGGUGUCAGAGGAAGACAGCCCCAUACAAAAAUGUGAACAUCCAAAACUUCCAUAUUAGCUGGAAGGAUGGCCUUGGCUUCUGUGCUUUGAUUCACAGACAUCGUCCAGAGCUCAUUGACUAUGGGAAACUAAGAAAGGAUGAUCCUCUCACUAACCUGAACACAGCUUUUGAUGUGGCUGAAAGGUACCUAGAUAUCCCCAAGAUGUUGGAUGCAGAAGAUAUUAUAGGCACGCUAAGGCCGGAUGAGAAGGCCAUUAUGACCUAUGUUUCAUGUUACUACCACGCCUUCUCAGGUGCGCAGAAGGCGGAAACAGCAGCCAAUCGUAUCUGCAAAGUGCUGGCAGUUAAUCAAGAGAAUGAACAGCUCAUGGAAGACUAUGAGAAGCUGGCCAGUGAUCUGCUGGAGUGGAUCCGUCGCACCAUACCUUGGCUGGAGAAUCGGGCACCAGAGAACACCAUGCAAGCCAUGCAGCAGAAACUGGAGGAUUUCCGAGAUUAUCGCCGCCUUCACAAGCCUCCCAAAGUUCAAGAGAAGUGCCAGCUUGAGAUCAACUUCAACACGUUGCAGACUAAGCUGCGGCUUAGCAACAGGCCAGCCUUCAUGCCUUCUGAAGGGAAAAUGGUCUCGGAUAUAAAUAAUGCAUGGAGUGGCCUGGAGCAGGCUGAGAAGGGCUAUGAAGAGUGGCUUCUGAAUGAUAUCCGAAGGCUUGAGCGGCUGGAGCACCUGGCUGGGAAGUUUCGGCAGAAAGCUUCCAUUCACGAAUCCUGGACAGAUGGUAAAGAAGCAAUGUUGCAGCAGAAGGAUUAUGAAACUGCUACCCUCUCAGAGAUCAAGGCUCUGUUAAAGAAGCACGAAGCAUUUGAAAGUGACCUAGCUGCUCACCAGGACCGUGUGGAACAGAUUGCUGCUAUUGCACAGGAGCUCAAUGAGCUGGAUUAUUAUGAUUCGCCAAGUGUCAAUGCCAGGUGCCAGAAAAUAUGUGACCAGUGGGAUAACCUGGGGGCUCUGACCCAGAAACGACGAGAAGCAUUGGAGAGAACAGAAAAAUUGCUGGAAACAAUUGAUCAGCUGUAUCUAGAAUAUGCCAAACGGGCUGCUCCUUUCAAUAACUGGAUGGAAGGGGCGAUGGAAGAUCUUCAGGAUACGUUCAUAGUGCAUACCAUUGAGGAGAUCCAGGGAUUGACUACAGCCCACGAACAGUUCAAAGCUACUUUGCCAGAUGCUGACAAGGAGCGACAGGCCAUCCUAGGAAUUCACAAUGAAGUGUCAAAAAUUGUUCAAACAUAUCAUGUCAACAUGGCAGGAACCAACCCCUACACCACCAUCAACCCACAGGAAAUCAAUAGCAAAUGGGACCAUGUGAGACAGCUGGUUCCCAGGCGGGAUCAGGCUCUGAUGGAAGAACACGCACGUCAGCAACAUAAUGAGAGACUCCGCAAGCAGUUUGGGGCUCAAGCCAAUGUGAUUGGACCCUGGAUCCAAACUAAAAUGGAGGAGAUUGGCCGCAUCUCCAUAGAGAUGCACGGGACUCUGGAGGACCAGCUCAAUCACCUGCGGCAGUAUGAGAAAAGCAUUGUGAACUACAAACCAAAGAUUGAUCAGCUGGAAGGAGAUCACCAACAGAUUCAGGAGGCGCUAAUCUUUGACAACAAGCACACCAACUACACCAUGGAGCACAUCAGAGUGGGCUGGGAGCAGCUUCUCACAACAAUUGCUAGAACCAUCAAUGAAGUGGAAAACCAGAUUCUGACCCGGGAUGCCAAAGGAAUCAGCCAGGAACAGAUGAAUGAAUUCCGUGCCUCCUUCAACCAUUUUGAUAGAGACCACUCCGGCACACUUGGCCCUGAGGAAUUCAAAGCCUGCCUCAUCAGCUUGGGUUACGAUAUUGGAAACGAUGCGCAGAAGAAGACUGGCAUGAUGGAUAGUGAAGAUUUCCGCACCUGCCUUAUCUCCAUUGGUUACAAUAUGGGUGAAGCAGAGUUUGCUCGAAUCAUGAGCAUUGUAGAUCCCAACCGCAUAGGAGUUGUCACAUUCCAGGCCUUCAUUGACUUCAUGUCCCGGGAAACAGCAGAUACUGAUACCGCUGACCAAGUUAUGGCCUCUUUCAAAAUCCUGGCUGGAGAUAAAAACUAUAUCACUGUGGAUGAAUUACGACGGGAAUUGCCUCCUGAUCAAGCUGAAUAUUGCAUUGCUAGAAUGGCACCUUACACUGGGCCGGAUUCUGUACCGGGUGCCCUGGACUACAUGUCUUUCUCUACAGCUCUCUAUGGCGAAAGUGACCUUUAACUACCACCUGUCUAUCUACCACACAUCCUUACUCUCUCCCAUCCAGGUGCACUUUUCUUUCUGUUUGCAAAGUGGGUUCUGCUUUGCCUUUAUUUUCCCUUCCUAUUUCCACUUCAGAUAACAGAUCCCAUUGGGGGAGGGAGCAGGGGGAGGGGAGAAUAUUGAAAUCAGUCUGUCAGGCCCCUGAAAAUAACAGUUUACAGAAUUAUUUUGUGCAAAAGAAAAAAAAGGUUACAUUUAAACAUAUUUUAUUAUAGAAAAAAGUAUUUUUCUCCAGGAUUGAAGCAUAAAUAGAAAAUUUUAAAAGUAUUACACAAAAUGUAUGAGGGGUUUUUCCCCUUGUUGCUUAGACAUAGGAAAUGGAGUUUAAUGUUUAAUGGAGUUUAUAUACCUAAGCCUUGCCCCACUGGUUCUUUCAACUUCCCCAUCUGUCUCUAUUUCCUUACCACAUUUUUUCCCAGUGGGGGAGGCACAUAAGGCAUGUAUUUCUGGUUCACUCAUUUCAUGAAAAUAUUGGACAAUAAAACUUUUUGAAAUUUCUGUGUUUUUUAGGGAGAAAAAUGUACACAGCUCAUGUUUUAAUAUUUAAUUAAAAUUACAAUAUGCCUACUAUGUGUUGUUGCUGAAAGUUGUCUGGUUUCCAAACAUGGCACUUGAAAGUUGGCAUCUUUGAUAUUGCUUGUCACAGACCAUAUUAAAAAAAAAAUAUUGUGAUAACAAACCUAGACUUCAUUCUUUUGUCUAGAUAACUGGUUUCAUUAUAUUUAGCUAUAAACAGAAAGACUUUUCAAAAUACAUUUGGUAGCUUGGGGUUUUUUUUGUAUAUUGUUCUGAUGUUAAUGUUUUUAUCUGUUUUCUUAAAUGCAAGACACCAAAGUGCUUUCUCCCCUCCCUUGCUUUGAAUUGUAUUGAUGUUUACAUGACUGGUUCAGAUGCUUCAAAUGAAGAUAACCUUACCACAGCCAAAUGUUACUUGGACCAAACAUUGCAUAUCUCUGGGUACUGCAGCUUCUCCCCCCCGCAGCAAUGAAAUAGUCCCCAUUCUGUUUAAAAGAAGUUCUAUCUAACAGCACAUUCCUAUGCCUGUUUACUUGGAAGUAAGCCCCAGGAUGUUUAAUGAGGCUUACUCCCAGUUAGGUAUGGGCACAAAUCCUUUUCAGCACAGUGGGAGCUACUUCUGAGUAAACAUGCAAAGCCUUUCACUAUUAGGCUGCAAUCCUAUGCAAAUGCAUCGAAUCAUAAGGCCAAUUUUUAAAAAUGCUGUCAUCUGACUUGAAUAACCAUCUUACCACCACCAAUCCCAGAAAUGGAAUGAAAGCAACCCCCCCCCAUGUAAAAUAUUGACUAAAAAAUCAAUUGUUCUUAAAAACAAUAAAUUUUGUGUGUUCAGUU